AUGGGCUGGACAUUCGCGAAGCUCGCAAUCGGAUCACGCGUCGACUACGAAGACCCUGAGCUCAAACGUUUCCUUCACUUGCUCGGAGACCAUAUUUUAAGAUUGAAUGAUAUUGCCUUAUUUGACAAGGAGCUUAAGCGUUACAAAAACGGCCAAUCUGAUAAUUCUGUCAAGACUCAAGGCCUGAUGGUUUUGAAAGAUCUUCUGGCAUUGCCUACUAUUGACGCAGCGAAAUCCGUCUUAUAUGUGUAUCGAUUGGAGUACGAAAAGCUCAUUGACCUAGAGCUCGAAAGCCCCCAGUCAAUAGGCUUAACAAAAGAUGAGUGGUAUCUUCUUGAUACUUACAUCACUUCUGCCAAAGGCAAUACCAUGGCGAAGGCUACUAUGGCCCGGUAUGGAGAACCCUCGCGAUUGCCAGAUCAAAGUGUUGCUGUUUUCAACUCAAGAUAUUUUCAACCCGAUAAGCAAAGUACUUUCCUGGGCUACGCUAUUAUGUUGGGAACUGCUAUCACAGCAACUGGAGCUCAUAUGACUUUCUUGUAA